AUGAUCCUCCCGUGUUGCAGCACAUCCACUUGCGGAUGGCGAACCCCAGCUCCGAACGCCAGCAUACCGGUUCCAUUGCGGAUACACGAACAGGACCCCUGCGUGCUGUUGAAGAGAUGGUCUAGACUUCUAGAAUGCGCCUCUUCAUCAUGA